AAUAAUGAAAAUCCCCUUUUCACAGCGGAAGCAGCUUUAAAUAAACCGAAAAUUUACGGUUUAAAAUGUAUAUUUUCAUAAUUACAUGUACACAAUCAUAGCCUUACCAGCCGCCAUCAUACUGGGACAUCAAAAUGACUGACGAUAAGAAGACGUAUUACCACCACACAACUAAGGACGGAGCCGCAAAAAUAUUACAGUCAGGGUACAUCAAGCAAUCAACUGAUACGAAAACAGAUGCUAAGCAUGGUCCCGGUACUUACCUUACCAGAAUGGGCCCAGACAAGUCCCAGAAAGAUAUAGCAAAGAAUAACUACGACGGACUCAACAAUCAAUUCGCAGAUAAAAUGCUGAGGGAUGGUAAAACAGACGUUACCAUAGCCAUUGAUCUGCCCAGCACUAAGGUUACCAGGGCAAAGUCACCUCGCGACAUUUAUGUGUCGCCGGGAGAUGUUACCAUCAAUGACAAAAAUCCAAGGGUUUAUGUGAGGGAUAAGGAUGGAAAGGCUCGGGAGUUCAAACCCAAGUAGAAAAUGAAACCCUCGAGUACUGGUACACACGAUUCUUUCGUGUUUGCUUUGAAAUAAAUGCUAAAUUUUCUCUCCCUAAAUUCUAUCAAAAUGAAAUCUUGAUAUCUGAAAGGCGAACAUUGUUUUCUAAUCAAGCAAAAGUGUGGAAAGAAGCCUAAUUCUUAAGGCUUAAUUCGACUCAAGCUUUAUCUGGACUGUUAUUAUUAAAAGUGUAAUUUAAUGGCUUACAAAGGACAGCAUGAAAACAAUAUGAUAAUGUAUAGAUAAUACUAAAUCGAACUUGAUACAGGCCUGUCUUCCUCAGUUCUAAUGAAUGUUUAAUAAAUAAACAGGUAUGAAGUGUGAUCUUUGUGUUAGAUGACGACAUGAUAUUUGUAAAACUAAAAGUUGGAUUAAAGAUUUCCACAAGCUGGAGAUAGAACUUGGAUCUAACCGAUUGGUCAAUGUAGAAAUGAAAAAAAAAGCAAUGCAAUUCAUCAUCAAUUGGAUUACAGGUUGUAUUUUUUUCUCGACCAUAAGAACUUACCGUCUAAAAAAUAUCUGAGAAAAUUUAUAAGCUGGUAUCAUCUUUAAAUAUGAAUUCAAUAAUAGAAAAAAUUCUUUUGAUAGAUAUUUCAAAAUUCAAUGGAUUAUGUACAUAUGCUCUCUCUAAUUUACGAUGUAAUGACAUGAUUAGUUAUAUCUUUGGUUGAAUAAUAGCCCGAAAAACCUUUAUGUUAUUAUUUUAUUGUCCAGACAAUUGAAUCUUCACAAUCAGUUUCUUUAAACGACAAUAAAACUAAUUUCGUAUUUGGA